AAAGCAUGAGCAGCUGGGUGGGGGCGUGGAGAAUGAGAGGAGUUUGGAACAGAAUGUCUUGAGCGUGUAAAUGGUCGUAUUUGUGAGCAAGAAACAGCAAUCCCAUUCUGAGAAGGAUUUCCUAUUUAAGUUCUUGGUCAUAGGAAAUGCUGGAACUGGAAAAUCCUGUUUACUACACCAAUUUAUUGAAAAGAAAUUCAAAGAUGACUCAAAUCAUACUAUAGGAGUGGAAUUUGGUUCAAAGAUCAUAAAUGUUGGUGGUAAAUAUGUAAAAUUGCAGAUAUGGGACACAGCAGGACAAGAGAGAUUCAGGUCUGUAACAAGGAGUUACUAUAGAGGAGCUGCGGGUGCUUUGCUUGUCUAUGAUAUAACCAGCCGGGAAACCUACAAUGCGCUUACUAAUUGGUUGACGGAUGCAAGAAUGUUAGCAAGUCAAAAUAUUGUGAUAAUACUGUGUGGAAACAAAAAGGAUCUUGACGCAGAUCGUGAAGUUACUUUUUUAGAAGCAUCCCGGUUUGCACAAGAAAAUGAGCUGAUGUUCUUGGAAACAAGUGCACUAACAGGGGAAAAUGUUGAAGAGGCCUUUGUACAGUGUGCAAGAAAAAUACUCAAUAAAAUUGAAUCAGGAGAACUGGAUCCAGAAAGAAUGGGCUCAGGUAUUCAGUAUGGAGACGCUGCCUUGAGACAGCUGAGAUCACCACGUAGAGCACAAGCACAAAGUGCUCAGGAGUGUGGGUGUUAAAGAAACAAAACACAAAAUCCCAAAUACUUACUUUAGAUACAGAAGCUGUCCUUGCAAAUGGUGUUUGAAGAAACAGGAAAGCUUGAAGGCUAUACAGUUUCUAGAAACAUCUUUCCGCUAUCUACAGACAGAGCAGACCACUGCUGACAGAAAGGUGUGCUGUGUGGUGUGGGGCAAGAAUGUUCACAUGACACAAGUGUCUGCAAAGCAACUUCAUAAUUCGGUGGACAAUAUUAAGACUCGUACCUGUAUGUAACCAUUUUCCAUUACCUAUUUUUGUUCUUUCACCUCUAGUUUAAAUCAUUGCUAUAUACUGUAAAUAAUGUAACAGUAAAUUUACAAAGCAUGGUAUACUUAUGUAUGCUGAUAGAAUGUUGCACUACAAGCAGUUUAAUAUUUUAUUUUUUUAUCAUAUAAACAAAUUUAACUGAGGUAGGCUUUGUCAUGUUUGUU